AACCCUCGUCGCUGCGGUUCCUCUCUCGACGUUGAUUUGAUACGUCCGCCGGGCAGUGAGGCCGGAGACCGACGUCGCCGACUCUCCCACGCCGGUGGUCGCUUGCGGUGUAUUCCCGCCGCGGCCUUUCUUCUCCCUCCCGCUCGUUCGUGUGUUGUCCCGGUGAUCCGAUCGAUUACUGCAGCCUCUUCCGCCUCCUCCGGCAAAAGAAGUGUUUUUGCAGGCUUGGAACAGGAGCAUAACAGGAUGCCUGGGUCAUCACAAAGGAAUGCUGUUAAUGAGAGUAACAGCCCGAUCGCAAGAUCACUUGGUAUCCGCCUGAGCUUAGAUUCACCUAGUCAAAGGAUUUUCUCGAGGACAGCAUCGUUGGGCAGGAUCGCUGGCACAAGUUACUGGCAUCUUGGAUCUAUCAGGCCCAACCUCAUAGUUGAAGGAAUUCCAACUGACACCACUAGACCAGCAGCAGCUGGUGACGAUCAAGCAGUCGGUGUUGAGAUGGCUGGAAAUGGUCUCAGACAAGGUUCACUAAGCAGAAUGAGUAGUAGGGAAUCUUGGCAGAGGUGUUCAAUUAGUUUUUCUAGUGAUCAUGGAACUAUUGAUAAUCUGGCACUUCCACAGGAACUAACAGAUAGGAUAGAUAGUUCACUUGCACAAGUAGGAUGCAGAGGGAGUCGACUGGAUGAUAAAGAACAUGAGGACGGAGUUGUGAAAUUUGCUGAUGAUUCUCUAAUACUAUCAUUUAAUUCCUGGUCAUAUGAAGCAAACUUGCCAUCAGUUGUGACUCCAUUAACUGAGGAAAUUGUGUCUCCUCUUCCAACUGAUUCCAUCUUGUCUGGAAAGGGAAAGAGUCAUAUGACAGGUAUUGCAUCACCAAAGGAUAAGCAAUACAAGCUUCCAUUUUGGCUGGACUAUAUUUCUUACUUGAGUCACUUGGCUGUCUUUGGAAUUCUUGGGGUAUAUACAAGAUACUUACUGCAGAAGCUCUUUGGUCCUGACCUCUUGCGUCUCACAGGGGAUAGCCCGUUGUACCUUGAUCUUCCCUCCAAUAUGAUAGGUUCCUUCCUGAUGGGGUGGAUUGGAUUUGUCUUCAAGGCUGACAUCCUUCACGUAUCUGAACAUUUGCUGGUAGGAUUAAGUACAGGGUACUUGGGCAGUCUCACCACACUCAGUGGAUGGAACCAGAAGAUGCUUGAGUCGUCUUCCAAGGGCCAUUGGGUGCAUACUGUUGCUGGCCUGAUACUUGGGAUUUUCCUUGUCAACUAUAGUAUCAUUGUUGGGGUUGGAUGUGCUGGAGGACUCCGCAGAGGCAUUAUUGCUUGGUGUGACAAGAGAAAUACCAAUCUGGAAAAAUGGAGGGUGAAUAACCGCAAUAAACAUGUGGUUGUGAUGGCCGCUGUUCUACUGAUAUGGUGCUUGUUAUGGACUCUGAGUGGAGAAUUCUUUAGGGUUAAGUUGAACAGAGUCAGUAAUUCUGCUGUUCCUUGGCUAGCUUUCUUGGUGGGUCCCCCAGGUGUGUGGCUCCGAUGGCGCUUGGCUAGGCUUAAUGGACGAGGUAUAGGAAGCAAGCGAAUGCUCAAAUGGCUACCAAUUGGAACUCUGUUGGCCAAUGUACUUGCAGCAACCAUUUCGGCUGCAGCUGCUAUUAUAAGCAAAGCGGUAAACACAGAGAAAUGUGCAAUCAUUGUCAGUGGAUUUCAAUUAGGCUUUCCUGGCUGCUUGAGCACAGUUUCUACUUUUGCUGCUGAGAUAUAUGGUAUGUGGAAGACUGGACAUGGCUGGAGAGCCUUCUUCUACAUCAGUAUUACCAUCUUUCCAUCUUUUGCACUGGGAACUCUUGUAUUCUCAGUUCCUAUAUGGAUUAAGCAUUAUGAAUAAUAAUUCAUACUAGCAUUAUAAAUAGUAAUUCA